AUGCCCUGUUCGAAGUACAGCUCUUGUUUGUUGCUCUCCUCAAAACCCUAUUUUGAAAUGAGUAUAAACUGUCCAUUUAUCUAAAUGCAGCUAUCUAAAAGAUUUCCGUCCAAACUUAUAAGGAAAGGUACGUAAGGGAGAAGCAAAAUCAAGCCUGUGUUGGAAACUCUCAUUCCCAGAGGGCUUUGUUUCUUCAGCUCUCCAGCCUGAACAGAGUGCAGCCGUGACUCCCAGGACUCAUCGAGAAAGCAGAGAGCAGCGACACAGCUCCAAUACACAGAAGCCAUGACGAAGACGGCCACUUGCACCUAUCACUUCCUUCUUAUGAACUGGUACAUUUUCCUCUAUUAUUACAUCCCAAAUAUUGGAAAGGGUGAAGAGAAGUUAAAAGAAUUCCACGAUGGUACACGUUGGAAGUACCUGACGAUCCUUAAUCUGCUCUUACAGGCCGUUUUCUUUGGGGUCGCCUCCCUGGAUGAUGUGCUGAAAAGAAUCAGCGGGAGGAAAGACAUCAAGUUCAUCACAUCCUUCAGAGAUCUGCUUUUUGCCACAUUGGCUUUCCCUAUAUCCACAUUUGUGAGUUUGGUAUUCUGGACCCUCUUCAUUUAUGACCGGAGUCUCGUCUACCCCCAGGGCUUGGAUGAUUACUUCCCAGCAUGGACUAACCAUGCAAUGCAUACCUUCAUAUUUCCCUUGUCACUUGCUGAACUCAUUCUCAGACCACACCGGCCUCCAUCAAAGAAGCUAGGACUUACCCUGCUGGUGACUUGUAUUCUUGCCUACAUCUCCAGCAUCCUGUGGCGCUACGCUAAGACUGGAAACUGGGUAUACCCUGUGUUUGCCGCCCUCAGCCCACUGGGUAUCACCGUCUUCCUCUCGGCCAAUUCCCUCCUGGUUGUCGGCAUCUACCUGCUCGGAGAGAAGAUCAAUCAGUGGAGAUGGGGUGCCACAGUGAAGCCAUGGGUGAAGAAGAAGUGACCUCACACUAUUUUCCAAGAGCCAUGGAAGAAAAAACAUAGAACUAGUUAUAUUUCUAUUAUUCUCAGAAUUAUUUCUUUUUUGAUCAGUGCUGGAAUGGCAUGGGAAGAUAGGAAAGAUGGAGAAUUUAUGCAUAAUUUAAUACAGGGUA